AUGAGAGGCUCCAAGACUGUCGUUAGCGAUACUGACUCGUCCGCCACCCAGUCUGACAGCUCCGCCACCAAGACCGAUUCUGACAUGAUCGACGGUGAAGACGAAGAAGUUUCAGCUCCUUCCCUCGAUUCAUGCCCCUUCUCCGAAGGCGAGAAGGUGCUCGCUUUUCAUGAGACCCAAAUUUACGAAGCCAAGGUGACCAAAGUCGAUUUCAAGAUGAACGAAUGGAGAUUUUAUGUUCAUUACCUUGGAUGGAGCAAAAAUUGGGAUGAGUGGGUGCACUUGGAUCGUCUGAUGAAAAACACUGAUGAGAAUGUGAGGAAACAAAAGCAGCUCAAUGCGAACCAGAGAACACACAAAAAUGCAAAGCUAACACGCACGUCACAGACUAAACAAAAAGUCUCAAGAGGAAAAAAGCGAAAGAAUGACUCUGUCAUUAAGGACAAAGAUGCCAUACCCAUGGAAGAUCUUGUGCUUCAAAUUCCGCUCACACUAAAGAAACAACUAGUUGAUGAUUGUGAAUUCAUUACUCAUCUGGGCAAGCUUGUUAAACUUCCACGAACUCCUAACGUGGAUGACAUAAUGAAGAAGUAUCUAGAUUACAGAUCAAAGGACAGUUUGAAGAAAACUCAUUCAGUUGAAGAAAUCCUGAAAGGACUGUGUUGUUACUUUGACAAAGCACUACCAGUAAUGCUUCUGUACAAAAAUGAACGUCAGCAGUAUGAGAAAGCAAUUGCACAUGAUGCCUCUCCUUCAUCUGUAUAUGGUGCUGAGCAUCUGCUACGUCUAUUCGUUAAGCUCCCUGAGUUAUUGUUGAAUGCUAACAUUGAAGAGGAGACACUGAAAGAUUUGCAGCAAAAAUUGGUCGACUUUCUCAAGUUCCUACAGAAAAAUCAGAAUGCAUUUUUCCUCUCUACCUAUCAUGUACCAGAUGAUGUUGAAGCGAGCACCAACAAACCAGAUGUCUAA